GAUUAGUUUGAAAUGUGUGACAGUGAUGAGAAAAGGCCAUCAGUAGUUCCCAGAGUUCACAGUCAUGUUUUCUAACUGCUUCUUUAGUCUGAGCAACAGUCCAACAAGCCAAAGGGAUUCAACUGACACUGAGAGGAAACAGAGAGAAGCAGCCAAUCAGUGGAGAAGCAGAUGAUGUUUUUACAGGAGAAAAUAUUGUUUCCUCUACAGAUGAAGGUAGAAAGUCUCUGGGAGCUGAUGUGGAUGUGAAUUCAGCAGCAGCUGCCAAGCAGGUUGCUGUGUCUGUGUGAAGGUGUGGGCUCUGCUAUGAAUCAGUGUGAGGACAGAGAGGAGGGAGUCCCUCCCUCUAAAAGCACUCUGUGUGAGGAACAUGACACAAGGACCAAAGCUCAGAGGAUCCAUCAGAGACCAGACUGUCCUGAACCUGAACCCAGCUGUGUGUCCAUGAAGAGUGACCUCUCUAUGGAUCGUUAUAUAGACUUCAAAGAUGGCCGCCACUCUGUUGAUCAAAGAAGGAAAAAACCUGAACCCAGCUGUGUGUCCAUGAAGAGUGACCGCUCUAAGGGUUGUCCUGUAUUCUUCAAAGAUGGCCGCCACUCUAUUGAUCAAAGAGUGGACCAGGAGAGCUCAGAGGUUCCCAGUGGUCAGUCUGCCCAGCAGCAUCAAACACACCUGGACUCCAUCAUUAUGCUGCUGGAGGACAACAUUGUCACUUUUGUGAAGAAUGAGCUGAAGACAAUCCAGAAUGUUCUGAGUUCAGAUUACCCAGAAUGCUUAGAGAGUCAAAAGGAAGGUGAGCAGGUGUUGGAUGGUGAGGAUGAGGAGAAGAGGAAGAGCAGUAGAGAGGCAUUUCUGAAGAUCACACUGCACUUCCUGAGGAGAAUGAAGCAGGAGGAGCUGGCUGACCGUCUGCAGAGCAGAAGUCAUUCUGGAGUUUGUCAGCGUAAACUUAAAUCUAACCUGAAGAAGAAGUUCCAGUGUGUGUUUGAGGGGAUUGCUAAAGCAGGAAACCCAACCCGUCUGAACCAGAUCUACACAGAGAUCUACAUCACAGAGGGAGGGACUGCAGAGGUCAAUGAUGAACAUGAGGUCAGACAGAUUGAAACAGCAUUCAGGAAACCAGACAGACCAGAAACAACAAUUAGACAAGAAGACAUCUUUAAAGCCUCACCUGGAAGAGAUCAGCCAAUCAAAACAGUGAUGACAAAGGGAGUGGCUGGCAUUGGGAAAACAGUCUUAACACAGAAGUUCACUCUGGACUGGGCUGAAGGCAAAGCCAACCAGGACAUACAGUUCACAUUUCCAUUCACUUUCAGAGAGCUGAAUGUGCUGAAAGAGAAAAAGUACAGCUUGGUGGAACUUGUUCAUCACUUCUUUACUGAAACCAAAGAAGCAGGAAUCUGCAGGUUUGAAGAGUUCCAGGUUGUGUUCAUCUUUGACGGUCUGGAUGAGUGUCGACUUCCUCUGGACUUCCAUAACAAUGAGAUCCUGACUGAUGUCACUGAGUCCAGCUCAGUGGAUGUGCUGCUGACAAACCUCAUCAGGGGGAAUCUGCUUCCCUCUGCUCACCUUUGGAUAACCACACGUCCUGCAGCAGCCAAUCAGAUCCCUCCUGAGUGUGUUGACAUGGUGACAGAGGUCAGAGGGUUCACUGACCCACAGAAGGAGGAGUACUUCAGGAAGAGGUUCAGAGAUCAGGAGCAGGCCAGCAGAAUCAUCUCCCACAUCAAGACAUCGCAAAGCGUCCACAUCAUGUGCCACAUCCCAGUCUUCUGUUGGAUCACUGCUACAGUUCUGGAGGAUGUGUUGAAGACCAGAGAGGGAGGAGGGCUGCCCAAGACCCUGACUGAGAUGUACAUCCACUUCCUGGUGGUUCAGUCAAAACUGAAGAACGUCAAGUAUGAUGGUGGAGCUGAGACAGAUCCACACUGGAGUCAAGAGAACAGGAAGAUGAUUGAGUCGCUGGGAAAACUGGCUUUUGAGCAGCUGCAGAAAGGCAACCUGAUCUUCUAUGAAUCAGACCUGACAGAGUGUGGCAUCGAUUUAAGAGCAGCCUCAGUGUACUCAGGAGUGUUCACACAGAUGUUUAAAGAGGAGAGAGGACUGUACCAGGACAAGAUCUUCUGCUUCGUCCACUUGAGUGUUCAGGAGUUUCUGGCUGCUCUUCAUGUCCAUCUGACAUUCAUCAACUCUGGAGUCAAUCUGCUGGCAGAACAACAAACAACAUCCCUGAAGUCUAAAUUAUUUAAACACAAACAGAAUCUAAAAUAUCUCCACCAGAGUGCUGUGGACACGGCCUUACAGAGUCCAAAUGGACACCUGGACUUGUUUCUCCGCUUCCUCUUGGGUCUUUCAAUGCAGACCAAUCAGAAUCUCCUACGAGGUAUGCUGACACAGACAGGAAGUAGCUCACAGACCAAUCAGGAAACAGUCCAGUACAUCAAGAAGAAGAUCGAAGAGACUCCCUCUGCAGAGAAAAGCAUCAAUUUGUUCCACUGUCUGAAUGAACUGAAUGAUCGUUCUCUAGUGGAUCAGAUCCAACGGUACCUGAGUUCAGGAAGUCUCUCCACAGAUAAACUGUCUCCUGCUCAGUGGUCAGCUCUGGUCUUCAUCUUACUGUCAUCAGGAAAAGAUCUGGACGUGUUUGAUCUGAAGAAAUACUCUGCUUCAGAGGAGGCUUUUCUGAGGUUGCUGCCAGUGGUCAAAGCCUCCAACAAAGCUCUACUGAGUGACUGUAACCUCUCAGAGAGAAGCUGUGAAGUCCUGUCCUCAGUUCUCAGCUCCCAGUCCUCUAGUCUGAGAGAGCUGGACCUGAGUAACAACAACCUGCAGGAUUCAGGACUGAACCUGCUGUCUGUUGAAUUGGAGAGUCCACACUUUACACUGGAAACUCUCAGACUGAGUGGCUGUAACCUCUCAGAGAGAAGCUGUGAAGUUCUGUCCUCAGUUCUCAGCUCCCAGUCCUCUAGUCUAAGAGAGCUGGACCUGAAUAACAACAACCUGCAGGAUUCAGGUGUGAAGCUUCUGUCUGCUGGACUGGAGAGUCCACACUGCACACUGGAAACUCUCAGGCUGUCAGGCUGUCUGAUCACAGAGGAAGGUUGUGCUUCUCUGGCCUCAGCUCUGAGCUCCAACCCCUCCCAUCUGAGAGAGCUGGACCUGAGUAACAACAACCUGCAGGAUUCAGGACUGAAGCUGCUUUCUGUUGGACUGAAGAGUCCACACUGUAAACUGGAAACUCUCAGACUGAGUGGCUGUAACCUCUCAGAGAGAAGCUGUGAAGCUCUGUCCUCAGUUUUCAGCUCCCAGUCCUCUAGUCUGAGAGAGCUGGACCUCAGUAACAACAACCUGCAGGAUUCAGGACUGAAGCUGCUUUCUGUUGGACUGAAGAGUCCACACUGUAAACUGGAAACUCUCAGGCUGUCAGGCUGUCUGAUCACAGAGGAAGGUUGUGCUUCUCUGGCCUCAGCUCUGAGCUCCAACCCCUCCCAUCUGAGAGAGCUGGACCUGAGUAACAACAACCUGCAGGAUUCAGGACUGAAGCUGCUUUCUGUUGGACUGAAGAGUCCACACUGUAAACUGGAAACUCUCAGGCUGUCAGGCUGUCUGAUCACAGAGGAAGGUUGUGCUUCUCUGGUCUCAGCUCUGAGGUCCAACCCCUCCCAUCUGAGAGAGCUGGACCUGAGCUACAAUCAUCCAGGAGACUCAGCAACAAAGCUGUCUGCUGCACUGGAGGAUCCACAGUGGAGACUGGACACUCUCAGACUGAGUGGCUGUAACCUCUCAGAGAGAAGCUGUGAAGCUCUGUCCUCAGUUCUCAGCUCCCAGUCCUCUAGUCUGAGAGAGCUGGACCUGAGUAACAACAACCUGCAGGAUUCAGGACUGAAGCUGCUUUCUGAGGGACUGAAGAGUCCACACUGUAAACUUGAAACUCUCAGGCUGUCAGGCUGUCUGAUCACAGAGGAAGGUUGUGCUUCUCUGGUCUCAGCUCUGAGCUCCAACCCCUCCCAUCUGAGAGAGCUGGACCUGAGUAACAACAACCUGCAGGAUUCAGGACUGAAGCUGCUUUCUGUUGGACUGAAGAGUCCACACUGUAAACUGGAAACUCUCAGACUGAGUGGCUGUAACCUCUCAGAGAGAAGCUGUGAAGCUCUGUCCUCAGUUCUCAGCUCCCAGUCCUCUAGUCUGAGAGAGCUGGACCUGAGUAACAACAACCUGCAGGAUUCAGGACUGAAGCUGCUUUCUGUUGGACUGAAGAGUCCACACUGUAAACUGGAAACUCUCAGGCUGUCACACUGUCUGAUCACAGAGGAAGGUUGUGUUUCUCUGGUCUCAGCUCUGAGCUCCAACCCCUCCCAUCUGAGAGAGCUGGACCUGAGCUACAAUCAUCUAGGAGACUCAGCAACAAAGCUGUCUGCUGGACUGGAGGAUCCACACUGGAGACUGGACACUCUCAGACUGAGUGACUGUAACCUCUCAGAGAGAAGCUGUGAAGCUCUGUCCUCAGUUCUCAGCUCCCAGUCCUCUAGUCUGAGAGAGCUGGACCUGAGUAUGAACGACCUGCAGGAUUCAGGACUGAAGCUGCUUUCUGUUGGACUGAAGAGUCCACACUGUAAACUGGAAACUCUCAGGCUGUCACACUGUCUGAUCACAGAGGAAGGUUGUGCUUCUCUGGUCUCAGCUCUGAGCUCCAACCCCUCCCAUCUGAGAGAGCUGGACCUGAGUAACAACAACCUGCAGGAUUCAGGACUGAAGCUGCUUUCUGUUGGACUGAAGAGUCCACACUGUAAACUGGAAACUCUCAGGCUGUCAGGCUGUCUGAUCACAGAGGAAGGUUGUGCUUCUCUGGCCUCAGCUCUGAGCUCCAACCCCUCCCAUCUGAGAGAGCUGGACCUGAGUAACAACAACCUGCAGGAUUCAGGACUGAAGCUGCUUUCUGUUGGACUGAAGAGUCCACACUGUAAACUGGAAACUCUCAGGCUGUCAGGCUGUCUGAUCACAGAGGAAGGUUGUGCUUCUCUGGUCUCAGCUCUGAGAUCCAACCCCUCCCAUCUGAGAGAGCUGGACCUGAGUAACAACAACCUGCAGGAUUCAGGACUGAAGCUGCUUUCUGUUGGACUGAAGAGUCCACACUGUAAACUGGAAACUCUCAGACUGAGUGACUGUAACCUCUCAAAGAGAAGCUGUGAAGCUCUGUCCUCAGUUCUCAGCUCCCAGUCCUCUAGUCUGAGAGAGCUGGACCUGAGUAACAACAACCUGCAGGAUUCAGGACUGAAGCUGCUUUCUGUUGGACUGAAGAGUCCACACAGUAAACUGGAAACUCUCAGGCUGUCAGGCUGUCUGAUCACAGAGGAAGGUUGUGCUUCUCUGGUCUCAGCUCUGAGCUCCAACCCCUCCCAUCUGAGAGAGCUGGACCUGAGUAACAACAACCUGCAGGAUUCAGGACCGAAGCUGCUUUCUGUUGGACUGAAGAGUCCACACUGGAGACUGGACACUCUCAGGCUGUCAGGCUGUCUGAUCACAGAGGAAGGUUGUGCUUCUCUGGUCUCAGUUCUCAGCUCCCAGUCCUCUAGUCUGAGAGAGCUGGACCUGAGUAUGAACGACCUUCAGGAUUCAGGACCGAAGCUGCUUUCUGUUGGACUGAAGAGUCCACACUGUAAACUGGAAACUCUCAGGCUGUCACACUGUCUGAUCACAGAGGAAGGUUGUGCUUCUCUGGCCUCAGCUCUGAGCUCCAACCCCUCCCAUCUGAGAGAGCUGGACCUGAGCUACAAUCAUCCAGGAGACUCAGCAACAAAGCUGUCUGCUGGACUGGAGGAUCCACACUGGAGACUGGACACUCUCAGACUGAGUGGCUGUAACCUCUCAGAGAGAAGCUGUGAAGCUCUGUCCUCAGUUCUCAGCUCCCAGUCCUCUAGUCUGAGAGAGCUGGACCUGAGUAACAACAACCUGCAGGAUUCAGGACUGAAGCUGCUUUCUGUUGGACUGAAGAGUCCACACUGUAAACUGGAAACUCUCAGGCUGUCAGGCUGUCUGAUCACAGAGGAAGGUUGUGCUUCUCUGGUCUCAGUUCUCAGCUCCCAGUCCUCUAGUCUGAGAGAGCUGGACCUGAGUAUGAACGACCUGCAGGAUUCAGGACUGAAGCUGCUUUCUGUUGGACUGAAGAGUCCACACUGUAAACUGGAAACUCUCAGGCUGUCACACUGUCUGAUCACAGAGGAAGGUUGUGCUUCUCUGGUCUCAGCUCUGAGCUCCAACCCCUCCCAUCUGAGAGAGCUGGACCUGAGUAACAACAACCUGCAGGAUUCAGGACUGAAGCUGCUGUCUGUGGGACUGAAGAGUCCACACUGUACACUGGAAACUCUCAGACUGAGUGGCUGUAACCUCUCAGAGAGAAGUUGUGAAGCUCUGUCCUCAGUUCUCAGCUCCCAGUCCUCUAGUCUGAGAGAGCUGGACCUGAGUAACAACAACCUGCAGGAUUCAGGACUGAAGCUGCUGUAUGUGGGACUGAAGAGUCCACACUGUACACUGGAGACUCUCAGAAUGAGUGGCUGUAACCUCUCAGAGAGAAGCUGUGAAGCUCUGUCCUCAGUUCUCAGCUCCGAGUCCUCUAGUCUGAUAGAGCUGGACCUGAGUAACAACAACCUGCAGGAUUCAGGACUGAAGCUGCUGAAUGUGGGACUGAAGAGUCCACACUGUACACAAAUCAUCAGACUGAGUGACUGUAACCUCUCAGAGAGAAGCUGUGAAGCUCUGUCCUCAGUUCUCAGCUCCCAGUCCUCUAGUCUGAGAGAGCUGGACCUGAGUAACAACAACCUGCAGGAUUCAGAACUGAAGCUGCUGAAUGUGGGACUGGAGAGUCCACACUGUACACUGGAAACUCUCAGACUGAGUGACUGUAACCUCUCAGAGAGAAGCUGUGAAGUCCUGUCCUCAGUUCUCAGCUCCCAGUCCUCUAGUCUGAGAGAGCUGGACCUGAGUAACAACAACCUGCAGGAUUCAGGACUGGACCUGCUGUCUGUUGAAUUGGAGAGUCCACACUUUACACUGGAAACUCUCAGACUGAGUGGCUGUAACCUCUCAGAGAGAAGCUGUGAAGUUCUGUCCUCAGUUCUCAGCUCCCAGUCCUCUAGUCUGAGAGAGCUGGACCUGAGUAACAACAACCUGCAGGAUUCAGGUGUGAAGCUUCUGUCUGCUGGACUGGAGAGUCCACACUGUACACUGGAAACUCUCAGGCUGUCAGGCUGUCUGAUCACUGAGGAAGGCUGUGCUUCUCUGGCCUCAGCUCUGAGCUCCAACCCCUCCCAUCUGAGAGAGCUGGACCUGAGCUACAAUCAUCCAGGAGACUCAGGAGUGAAGAUACUGUCUGCUGGACUGGAGGAUCCAAACUGGAGACUGGACACUCUCAGGGUGGAGCCUGUUGGACUCCGAUGGUUGAGACCAGGUCUGAGGAAGUAUUCCUGUGAACUCACAGUCGACACAAACACAGUACACAGAAAGAUCCAACUGUCUGACAACAACAGGAAGAUGACAUAUGUGAUGGAGUAUCAGACAUAUCCUGAUCAUCCAGACAGAUUUGACUACUGUCCUCUGCUGCUGUGUAGAACUGGUCUGACUGGUCGCUGUUACUGGGAGGUCGAGUGGAGAGGAAGAGUUUAUAUAUCAGUGAGUUACAGAGGAAUCAGGAGGAGAGGAGACAGUGAAGACUGCGCGUUUGGGUGGAAUGAUCAGUCCUGGUGUGUGGAGUGCUCUGAUGGUCGUUACUCUGUCUGUCACAACAAGAAAAGAACAUCCAUCUCCUCCUCCUCCUCCUCCUCCUCCUCCUCUGGUAGAGUAGCAGUGUAUGUGGACUGUCCUGCUGGCACUCUGUCCUUCUACACAGUCUCCUCUGACACAUUGAUCCACCUCCACACCUUCAGCACCACAUUCAUUGAACCUCUUUAUCCUGGGUUCGGGUUCAGGUUCUGGUUCAGGUCUGGUUCCUCAGUGUCUCUGUGUCCUCUGUAGGAGGGAGAGACAAACUUUCUCACUGCUGACCAGAUAGUUCAGUCUGUACAGGAUCACACACAGCUGAUGUUAGUUUGUACCAACCUGAUGUGUUUACUGUAAUAGAUGAGGAAGAGGAGGCUGAAGGAAGAGAAGAGCAAAAGAUGCUGGGAUCAUGUGUGCAGCCUGCAGACGUAGGGAUAACUCAUCAAUCAAUCAUCAAUUAAAUGUGGCUGCUUGUUUUUCAAAUCUUCUUUUUGAAACCACAGUUAGAGGGAAAGUGUUUUUAUGACUCAAAUAUUAGAGUGUGAACAAAUAUUCAACUUUGAGUCUGAAACUGAACUUAAAACCUUUGUUCAAAUGCCAAACAGCUCCUUCAAUUUAUCUACUUUAUAAAAAAAAAUCUUUAAUAUUCAUGUCCUGAUUUCACCACGCUGUAUGAUUUCUGUCUGUCUGUGUUGUUCUUGUUCAAUAAAGUUUUAAAGAAGGAAA